AAUGCUAAUUGGACUCGGAAGUCGUGGAAACGACAACAAGUCCCGGUUCAGACGAUUCAUUGAACACCUACGUGCAAGUGAACUAGAUGGAAUCAAACUUGCUUAGCGCAAACUAUGAUGCCCCGUAGGGAAGGAACCUACACGCAAACAUACAAAGGAAACAAACAUAGCACUAAAUAAUGCAGAUCACCAUCCAAAUUAAUUACCACGAAGCUGCGUGAACUUGUGAAGAUCUCCCGUAAUAUGCAGAUCAUCAGCAGCGCGUCACGAUGAACUCCAAAAGCCACGACGGCGAUGUGGUUCUGGGGCGAGCGACCUUGCGCACCGUCGAGGUCACGGAACAGCGGCACACAGCUUGGCGACGGGAUAAGCAGCAGGGCGGGGUCGUCGACCGGCAACGGACAUGGCAGGUUCGAGACGGCACCGUGCACGACAAGAUUAACGGCGAUUUAACGGUCUAGGGCAUGAAACAGCAGGGCGACGGUCAGGCCGAGCCAGUCGAGCACCGGCGAGACUUUGUGGGUACAGAUCGACGCUCGCAACGGAGUUCGCACGCACGCAGAGAGGAACCUUGGCUGGGCGCGCACACAAGGGAGCUUCGCAAGCUUGAGGGGCACAACACCAUGGCGAGCUGGAGCUGGACAGAGCGCGGACGGGCGGGAUUCGAGCGGAGGCCAGAGAUGCGCGCGCACGGAAGCUGGAGGGCGAGCAGGAAGGAUCUUGGGGAGGAAACCGCGGCCAAGGAGAGGCGGCCGAGCUGAAGGAGCGGCGCGCCGAGGACCGGGACCAGGGGCGCUGACGGCGGAACUCCGGCUGGGCGC